AUGGCUGAGUAUAUUGACAGCAAUUUAAUACGGCUCAGGAACUGGGAACGAUCUUUAGUGAAACACAGAAAAAUGCUAAACGAGAUUGUAACAACGCACAGCAACCGAAUCGAUAAUAAAGUUUCAGAUAUCCAUUAUUCAGCUCCUUGUAAAAACAAAACUCCUAACGUCAAGGACAAAACGUUUUUUGCUAACUCCGCCUACAAUUAAAACAAAUUUUUCUAGCUUGGUCGACAAUUAAAACCAAUUAAAAUUCUUAUUUUUAGGAAAAUUAACCCCUUGGAGUAAGCACGUCAGGAACGAAAAUAUAAAAUUGGCUUGUAAAUUGGUAGAAAUCCAAGCAGGAUAUGAUAAUCAUCCUAUUAAUCCAGAAAGAAAACCGUUGCCUUUAAUAAGUGAUAAAGUAAAUAACCCCUAUAGACACAAUGAAAAAAGGCGGAUUAAAAAAGAAAACACAAGACUUGCAAGGAGAUUGAUUAAUAUUAGAUCGACUUUUUCAUUAGAAAGAUGAAAAAAUGAUUAUGAUGAUACAAGAAAAUAUAAAGAAAUAAGAUCUCACCCACAUUUAGAAAGAAAUAAAUCAGCAAAUCCGAUGUCAGAAUGUGGGUCGCCGUCUGAGAAAAAGAGAAAAAACCAUCUUUCUUCGUCAUUUUUGUGCGCUUAG